UCGUCCUCUCUCUUCCCUCUGCUCCCUGCGAUCGAUCUCCUUUUUUUUUUUCUUUUCUUUUUCCCUCUCUUUUUUUCGAGGGUUUUCUUCCAUUUUCUUCUUUCCCCCUUUCUCCUCCUCCUCCUGCUCCAUCUCCUUGUUCCUUUUCUUUUCGAAUUUCCUCUUCCUUCUUUUUUUUUUUUUUUUUUCCCUUCCUCCACCUCGUUUUUCGUUCGAUCUUCCUCUUCCUCUUCGCAUCUCCUGCGAACCCUAGGGGCUCGAAUUUUCAUUUUUAUUUUUGCUCGUGGGUCCUUUUUUUUUUUUUUUUUUUUUUUGGGGAUAAGAAGAUCAUCAGGGGGAUUCGGAGAAGAUGCAGCAGCAGAGGCUCCUCAAGCAGCACGCGAUGAUGCAGCAGUCGCUCUACCAUCACGGCCUCCUGGGUGCUCCGCAGAUAGAGCCUAUCUUGAGCGGAAAUCUGCCACCUGGGUUUGACUCAACUUCAUGCCGCAGUGUAUAUGUUGGAAACAUCCACCCCCAGGUCACAGAACCCCUACUUCAAGAGGUUUUUUCAAGCACUGGUCCUAUUGAAGGAUGCAAGCUUAUUAGAAAAGAGAAGUCAUCAUAUGGUUUUGUGGACUACUUUGAUAGAAGAUCUGCUGCUCUUUCCAUUGUGACUCUCAAUGGAAGGCAUUUGUUUGGACAACCAAUCAAAGUCAACUGGGCGUAUGCUAGCAGUCAGAGAGAGGACACAUCCGGUCAUUUUAAUAUAUUUGUUGGUGAUUUGAGCCCAGAGGUUACAGAUGCGACAUUGUUUGCUUGCUUCUCUGUCUAUUCAAGCUGUUCAGAUGCAAGGGUAAUGUGGGAUCAAAAGACUGGGCGUUCCAGAGGAUUUGGUUUUGUCUCGUUUCGUAAUCAGCAGGAUGCUCAGAGUGCAAUAAAUGAUUUGAAUGGAAAGUGGCUUGGAAGUCGUCAAAUACGUUGUAACUGGGCAGCGAAGGGUGCUAAUUCUGGUGAUGAUAAACAGAGUGAUGCCAAAAGUGUGGUUGAGCUAACAACUGGAACAUCAGAUGAUGGUCAAGAGAGGAAUAGUGAUGAUGCUCCAGAGAACAAUCCCCAAUAUACAACUGUUUAUGUUGGCAAUCUUGCUCCUGAGGUUACUUCAGCUGAUCUGCAUCGGCAUUUUCAUGCCCUUGGUGCUGGGGUCAUAGAAGAUGUGCGGGUGCAACGCGACAAAGGUUUUGGGUUUGUUAGGUAUAGCUCACAUGCUGAAGCUGCACUGGCCAUACAGAUGGGAAAUGCUCGCAUUCUCUGUGGUAAACCAAUCAAGUGCUCCUGGGGUAACAAACCAACGCCACCAGGAACAAGUUCCACUCCUCUUCCACCACCAUCUAUUGCACACAUACCAGGCUUUUCUGCCACUGAUCUGGCUGCUUAUGAACGGCAAAUGGCUCUGAGCAAGAUGGGUGGCAUGCAAGCCCUUAUGCACCCGCAGGGUCAACACAUACUCAAACAGGCAGCCAUGGGAAUGGGUGCUGCGGGAGCCAGUCAGGCAAUCUAUGAUGGCGGGUUUCCGAGUGUGGCGACUACCCAGCAGCUUAUGUAUUACCAUUAGAUAAUGAGAUGGGAUUCUGCCCCUACUGUAUAAUGAUCUGGAAGCAGAAAUAAGUCUUGGAAGAACGAAGAACUGUUCGGCAUUUUACUUUGUUAAUACCGUAUUUGCUACUUGUAGAAUUCAGAUUGCUUUAACUUAUGUUUCCCUAUGAUUCUUCGACUGUUGUGAUCGUCUGUGCUAUUAGCUCUGGCUUUGGUACUUUAAAUUUUAAAGUUAUAUGCUUGGGUUCGGCUUUAUCUGA